GCCAUCAUACAGCUAGUUAAUAUAAAAGGACAACACAAACCAAGAGCUCCCACUGAGCAUCAGUCGGCCCCCACCAAGAGAACAAUGGGAAAGAUCAUUUUCUAUGAGGACAGAAACUUCCAAGGUCGGCACCAUGAGUGCAUGAGCGACUGCGCCAACCUGCACCCCUACUUCAACCGCUGCAACUCCGUCCGGGUGGAGAGCGGCUGCUUCAUGGUGUACGAGAGGCCCCACUACCUGGGCCACCAGUACUUCCUCCGCAGAGGGGAGUACUCGGACAACCAGCGUAUGAUCGGCAUUAACGACUGCAUCCGCUCAUGCCGCAUGAUUCCGGUGCACCGCGGCUCCUUCAAAAUCCGCUUGUACGAGCGGCCGGACAUGACCGGCCAGAUGCAGGAGGUGAGCGACGACUGCCCGAGCGUCCAGGACCGCCUGCGUAUGUCUGACAUUAACUCGUGCAACGUGGUCGAUGGCCACUGGCUGCUGUACGAGCAGCCCAACUACAAAGGCCGGACCUACUACCUGAGACCCGGCGAGUACCGCAGAUUCAGCGACUGGGGCGGCGCCAGUCCCAGGAUCGCCUCCCUCAGGCGGAUCGUUGAUUCCAUCUAGGACCUUCUUCCUCUCUCUCUGUUCACAAUAAAGAUGCUUGGCUUAAUAAA